CUUUUCAUAAUCAUCUUAAACCCUAUCUAGGCCCGCGUCCGCGGGGAGAUCAAAAAGCUGAAAUGCGUGAGGAUAAGAACGUGAAACUUGACACCUUUGCUAAAGAUGUGGCUGAGGAAACAAAAGCCCAAGACGUAUAUCUAGCACAGCAUCCGGGAGGCCAGAAAGCUGAAAUGCGUGAGGAUGGGAACAUGAAACUUGACAACUUUGCUAAAGAUGUGGCUGAGGAAAUAAUAGACCGAGACGUAUAUCUGGCACAGCAUCCGGGAGGCCAGAAAGCUGAAAUGCGUGAGGAUGGGAACAUGAAACUUGACAACUCUGCUAAAGAUGUGGCUGAGGAAAUAAUAGACCGAGACGUAUAUCUAGCACAGCAUCCGGGAGGCCAGAAAGCUGAAAUGCGUGAGGAUGGGAACAUGAAACUUGACAACUUUGCUAAAGAUGUGGCUGAGAAGAUGGUAUAUUAUGAUCUGCCCCUGGAAAUGCGUGAGGAUGGGAACGUGGAACUUGACACCUUUGCUAAAGAUGUGGCUGAGGAAAUAAUAGACCGAGACGUAUAUCUAGCACAGCAUCCGGGAGGCCAGAAAGCUGAAAUGCGUGAGGAUGGGAACAUGAAACUUGACAACUUUGCUAAAGAUGUGGCUGAGGAAAUAAUAGACCGAGACGUAUAUCUGGCACAGCAUCCGGGAGGCCAGAAAGCUGAAAUGCGUGAGGAUGGGAACAUGAAACUUGACAACUUUGCUAAAGAUGUGGCUGAGGAAAUAAUAGCCCGAGACGUAUAUCUAGCACAGCAUCCGGGAGGCCAGAAAGCUGAAAUACGUGAGGAUGGGAACAUGAAACUUGACAACUUUGCUAAAGAUGUGGCUGAGGAGGUAAUAAUUGGUAAGAUUCAGUCCUAA